AUGAACCGCGAGAGCUUCGCGGCGGGCGAGCGGCUGGUGUCGCCGGCUUACGUGCGGCAGGGCUGUGAGGCCCGCCGCUCGCACGAGCACCUUAUCCGGCUGCUUCUGGAGAAGGGCAAGUGUCCAGAGGAUGGUUGGGAUGAAAGUACACUUGAACUCUUUUUACAUGAACUUGCAAUCAUGGAUAGCAACAAUUUCCUGGGCAAUUGUGGUGUGGGAGAAAGGGAAGGGAGAGUGGCAUCUGCAUUAGUUGCUCGGCGACAUUACAGGUUCAUUCAUGGAAUUGGACGAUCGGGUGAUAUUUCUGCUGUGCAACCCAAAGCUGCAGGUUCUAGCCUUUUGAACAAAAUUACCAAUUCUUUGGUCCUGGACAUCAUAAAGUUGGCUGGUGUCCAUACAGUGACCAACUGCUUCGUAGUUCCGAUGGCAACUGGUAUGAGUCUAACCCUAUGUUUCUUAACAUUACGACACAAAAGACCAAAAGCAAAGUACAUUAUAUGGCCACGAAUAGACCAGAAGUCCUGCUUUAAAUCCAUGAUCACUGCAGGUUUUGAGCCCGUGGUGAUAGAGAACGUUUUAGAAGGUGACGAGCUGCGCACAGACCUGAAAGCAGUGGAGGCUAAAGUCCAGGAACUUGGGCCUGAUUACAUUCUUUGUGUUCAUUCUACUACAUCCUGUUUUGCUCCAAGGGUGCCUGAUAGAUUAGAAGAACUGGCUGUGAUUUGUGCUAAUUAUGACAUUCCACAUAUAGUUAACAAUGCUUAUGGAGUGCAGUCUUCAAAGUGCAUGCACCUCAUUCAGCAGGGGGCUCGGGUUGGUAGAAUAGACGCUUUCGUUCAGAGCUUGGACAAAAAUUUUAUGGUUCCGGUAGGUGGCGCUAUAAUUGCUGGCUUUAAUGAUUCCUUCAUUCAGGAAAUAAGCAAGAUGUAUCCAGGAAGAGCUUCAGCUUCACCUUCUUUAGAUGUCCUUAUUACUUUAUUAUCACUUGGAUCGAAUGGCUACAAGAAGCUAUUAAAAGAAAGAAAGGAAAUGUUUUCGUAUUUGUCCAACCAACUAAAGAAGCUGUCAGAAGCCUACAAUGGAAGAGUGUUGCAUACACCUCACAAUCCCAUAUCUUUAGCUAUGACACUUAAAACACUAGAUAAACACUGUGACAAAGCUGCCACUCGGCUUGGCUCCAUGCUUUUUACCAGACAGGUUUCUGGAGCCAGGGUUGUGCCUCUUGGGUCUGUGCAGACUGUGAGUGGCUACACUUUCAGAGGCUUUAUGUCACAUACAAAUAAUUACCCUUGUGCUUAUCUCAAUGCCGCAUCAGCCAUCGGUAUGAAGACACAGGAUGUGGACUUGUUCAUAAAUAGACUUGACAAGUGUUUAAAGGCAGUAAGAAAAGAACAAAAUAAAGAGAGUGAUGUAGCUGGAGUUGACAAUUAUGAUAAAACUGAAGAUGUGGUUAUAGAAGAAAUGGCUUUAAAACCAGAUAAUGUACUUCUUGGCACAUGCCAGGAUUCUUCCUGA